CAGUCAGUUGUCAAUGAGCCCUCCCAGACAGCGGAGCACUUGGUGGUCUCUUCUCUAGUGCUAGUUAGACGGACUUACAUCACUCAUAGCUGGAGAUGCCAAGGUGGUUAGUGUAUGGGGCAUGUGUUCUUUUCGCCACGGCACUUGCACUUGACGAGUCAGUUAAUAAUAACCUCAACGACAAUGAGCAAGAUCCGGAUGCGGAUCUACAUUUGCCCAGCGAAGUUCAAAAGGCCGUUUGCACCGUAAAUGCGGGCGAGGUCAAAGCAUCCGCCGAAGCGGUGACAACCAAAACUUUAAAGGGUGUCUGUGGUUCGGAUGAAAUGAAUCGAGCCUUUCGCAAUCUGGAGGAGAAACUUUAUGGGGAAUUGCGUGAGAUCAAAGAGCUGCUGCUGAAGUUGAUCGAGAUGGAAGAACAGCCAGAUAGUAACUCUAUUCCAUUGACUCCAACGCUGGAUGAGACACCAAUUGUAAAGGUGCCUCUCUCGCUAAAAAAAAUCAAGUUUGAGCAGAUUACGAUGAAACCACCAAGUCAGGAAAACAAUGCAAAGAAGCAACCCAAGCUAAAACAAUUGGAUAUUACAGCAGAGCGGGAGGCAGAGAUUGGCAGAUUUAAUAACACAAUGCUGGCGGAUCAGGACUUUCAAUUAUUUACCUAUUAUUGGAAGUUGGAGAACUUUACGGAUCACAUUUCCGAUGCCUCAACCAAAACCAUCAACAGUCCCAAAUUCAGCAUAAGAGGCAAGACACUGCAGUUGAAGUGCACAUUUCAGCAUAUGCACCGCGAGAUGAUCAAUUUGCAGCUGGCAUUGGCGUAUCCAUCUCAUGAUCAUGCCAGUGGCAAGGAGAACAAUAUUAUGCUGGACAUGGGCGGACAGUGGAAGCAAUUGAAAUGGACCGAGCACGUGGCGUUCAAACACAAGAUAUCGCUAUUGAAUCAGAAUCCGAGCCAUCGGCGAACGCAGGACCUCAGCUCACAGGAGCUAACGAAACUCGAUAUGGGAUUUUCCAUACCAAAUAGUGCGAUUGUAGGCAGCAAUUAUGUGAGACACAAUUCGCUACUAAUACAAAUUAUUUUAUAUUUGUGA